GUCCGCCGACGCGAACGCCUGUUUUUUGCUCAGCACGGUUCGGCUGGGCUCGGCUCGGCUCGACUCGGUUGGCCUCGGCUUGCGGCCCCGGCUGCCUGGGCUCACUAGGGCUGGGGCUGCGGGCGCCGGCUCACGGGUCGGACCCGCGCCUCGCCGGGCUGUUCCAGCCGGGCUCCGGCUGCACGCUCGGGCCGCCGGAGCCGGAGCCUUCAUGAGCCCAGAGGAUGUCAGGGAAGCACUACAAGGGUCCUGAAGUCAGUUGUUGCAUCAAGUACUUCAUUUUUGGCUUCAAUGUCAUAUUCUGGUUUUUAGGAAUAGCAUUCCUUGGAAUUGGACUGUGGGCGUGGAAUGAAAAAGGAGUUCUGUCCAACAUCUCUUCAAUCACGGACCUUGGCGGCUUUGACCCAGUGUGGCUUUUUCUUGUGGUGGGAGGCGUGAUGUUCAUCUUGGGGUUUGCAGGGUGCAUCGGAGCGCUGCGGGAGAACACCUUCCUUCUCAAGUUUUUUUCUGUGUUCCUGGGAAUUAUUUUCUUCCUGGAGCUCACUGCUGGGGUUUUGGCAUUUGUUUUCAAAGACUGGAUCAAAGACCAGCUGUAUUUCUUUAUAAACAACAACAUCAGAGCGUACAGGGAUGACAUUGAUUUGCAAAACCUCAUAGACUUCACCCAGGAAUAUUGGCAGUGCUGUGGGGCUUUUGGAGCUGAUGAUUGGAACCUAAAUAUUUACUUCAAUUGCACAGAUUCCAAUGCAAGUCGAGAGCGAUGCGGCGUGCCAUUCUCGUGCUGCACUAAAGACCCAGCGGAAGAUGUCAUCAACACUCAAUGUGGCUAUGACGCCAGGCAGAAACCAGAAGUCGACCAGCAGAUUGUAAUCUACACGAAAGGCUGUGUGCCCCAGUUUGAGAAGUGGCUCCAGGACAAUUUAACCAUCGUGGCUGGCAUCUUCAUAGGUAUCGCCUUGCUGCAGAUUUUUGGAAUCUGCCUGGCCCAGAACUUGGUUAGUGACAUCGAAGCUGUCCGGGCCAGCUGGUAGAGCCCCAUGAGACACGGCAACAGCCCGGCCUGUGGCCUUCUUGUCAGUGACACCCAGGCCUCGAGGACCGUCACCACGGCAGCCUGCACCCCUACCUUGCAGAGCUUUCUAAAACUUACUUUCUUGGGGGGGAAAACUGGGAAAUGCUGCUCGCUGACAGAAUUUUUUGAAAAUCCAGUAUGAAAGCUGUUGCGCCAUGAAUGUCUACUGUAGCCAUGAAUCUGUGGGUGGACUGAAGCCAGCCAGAAAGGAAAAGAAGGGAGGGCAGGGCGCCCACAUUUACUUGAAUCUGUGGAACAUCCAGUCCUGUCCGCCUCCGGUGCCUGAGGGCAGGCAGGCUGCUUGCUGGUCACUCCGUGGAGGCCACGCUGUUGGCUCCCUGCCUGGGGCAGUGGCUUUGGGCAUCCUUCCUGUGCAUGUGGAGAGACUGCUGCAGCUGUCAGCCGGGGAAGAGCACAGCUCCCUGCGGGCCCUGCACUGCUGUCCCGGGCCGGCUGAGCAGGCAGGUUCGGGGUCUGUCCCAGGGUGCGACCUUCUGAGAAGCUUCACAACCCUUAUUCCAGUCAACCUGAGCUUUAUCUGUCAUUGAUGUCCAAGGAGAAAAUGCGGUUAGUGAGAUUGAUAAUGGAAACUCCUCCACACCCACCCCACCAAAUUAGUGAUUGGAUUCUUUGGAACGCUCGAUUGUGUUGUGAUGUUUGUGAGGUUUUUUUGUUUGUUUUGUUUCCAAAAGGUGAAGGGUAUGAAAUCUUAAGUUUUGCAAGUGUUUUUUUUACUGGGCUCAAGUUUUUCUUUUUUGUUUUUCUCUUGCUUUCCUUUUCUUUCAUUUUUUCCCUCUUUUUUUGGUGUAGGUUCACCUUGCAUGACCUGUGAAUCUGAAUUCCUUUCCUACCAUCUUUCUAAAGAUGUUUAACAUUGAGGGUAUCACUUGCUCUUGGGUAUGUAGUCCCGGGAGGUCAUGCCUGUUGCUGCAGCCUGGCCAGUGAGAGUCGUGGUCCGCCCCUCAGUUCCUUCCCCUGUUCCACUGGCCCUUCCCAGGUGGAGCCCGGCGGCCUCCUACAAACCUUCCCCUCCUGUCUCUUUGAGUGGAGUUAAAUCCAGUUCCAAAAUAGUGUUGACGUAAUCAGAUGCUUCUAAUAAGUUUUCUUCUUAAAGAUUUAGUUUGAUUUAAAACAAAUAACAAACAAGCAUAGGGCCAGAGCUCCUUCUGUUCUGUUGGCAGCUCCCAGGGUGGGAGCAAAGCACAAAUCCUGGCGUGCAGCUGUGAGCAGUGGGUGGGUGUCCGUGACUGAGGCGGAGCCGCCCAGGUGCUGCCCGCCCUGCCCCUUUUCUGGGAGGAAGGGCCUGUUUUGCUUCCCAGAUUUUAAUCCAACUGUGUCCACUGUGUCCUCCUAUGGAGCAGAUGUUGAUCUGUGGAACACUAGGAAAACCACAACAAAUUUCACAUUGGUGCCACACUCACCAGCACGUAACUGGGCAGCCAGCUGGUGUCAUUGGAAAUUUAGCAGAUUCAUCUCAGUGGCUGCUGACUGCAUCAGUCUGCUUAGAGAAAGGACGGAAGUCCCUGUGGUCUCGUCUCUACCGUGUGUGUGUGUGUGUGUGUGUGUGUGUGUGUGUGUGUGUGUGUGCGCGCGCGUGCGUGUGUGACUGCAUGUGGGCUCUUUUUUGUGUAGGUAGAGAUACUCGUUUCCUAUUCUGGAUGUGAGAGCACGUUACUCCCCCCGCCAUCCCCCAGUGCUGUGGGGCUCUUGUAGUGUCCUUCUGACACAGAGAAGAUGUGACUCUCCAGUUGGCACUUCGGUCUGCUUUAUUACCUCAUUCUCCAGUAAACAUCUGACCAGUUGACUCCAAAUCAGGCAAGACCCCACCUUUGACACACCCGGAAUAGGCCAAACAGCAAGUUCAAGUGGGUUUUAAAUUUUAAUUAAUUACCUUUUAUUUUUUACACUUAAGAGUGAUUGUAAUAAAGGUGGUCAUUAAUAAACUCGGCUCUACCUUC